AUGGGCUAUUGGGCAAUUAUCAUUUUAGGACAUUUGACCAUUUUGAAGUGUGGCUAUGACUAUGUGGCUUUGGGGCUGGGUGGUAUUGCUGUGGUUCCUGACCACAUGCUCAACUUUCAGUGGGUUCACCUCGCACGUGGGGUCCAUGUGACACUCUUCUCUCAUCAGAUCCUGUCGGCGUGUCUUCACCAACUCUUGUCGGACCUCCCUAGCACUGUUCUGAUCACUGGGGUUGUUAAGAUACCGAAGCUAGGUGCUAUAGGGGGAUUGAUUGUGCAGCUGAUGUUCUUGAGAUGUAGGGAUUGCAAUUCAAAGGCUAAUGAAGUUGGGGUUUGA